AUGUUGUUCACUUUUGCGAGCGUGACUCAUCCAGAGACGUUACCAAAAGUUGCUGGAAGAAGCACCUUCUCCUGCACCGAGUUGCGAAAAGCCAUGAGUGAUGCAGCAGUUGCAGCAGCAGCGUCGAUUGCUUAUAUUGGCGUUGGUACGGUGGAGUUUCUUUUAGAUGAAAAAGGUUCCUUCUAUUUCAUGGAAAUGAACACUAGAAUCCAGGUUGGAUAA